AUGGAUGUACCAGAGGGGAAUGGAAACCCUUUGGGACAUGGACUCGGUCGAGCUAGGCAAACUCGACCGAUUGGUCAAGGAGAUGCUCCAAACCGCCACCAACAGAGACAAGGGAUUGUUCCACCACCAGUGCAGAACCACAACUUUGAGAUCAAGCUGGGAAUGAUCAACCUUGUCCAGAACAAGAUGUUCCAUGGAUUGCCAAGUGAAGACCCCAUUGACCACCUUGAUGAGUUUGAUAGGCUUUGUGAUUUGACAAAGAUCAAUGGUGUCUCUGAAGAUGCCAUCAAGCUGAGACUCUUUCCUAUGUCUCUAGCUGACAAAGCUCACCAAUGGGAGAAGAGCUUGCCCCAUGGCACAAUCACCACUUGGGAUGAAUGCAAGAAGGCCUUUCUUGCUAAGUUUUUCUCCACCGGUCGCACAGCCAAGCUUAGAGGAGAGAUAUCCAGCUUCAUCCAGCGAAACAAUGAGACAUUCGCAGAGGCUUGGGAGAGGUUCAAAGGCUACACAAGUCAGUGCCCACACCAUGGAUUCAACAAUGAAUCACUACUCUCCACUCUUUAUAGAGGAUGCUUGCCUAGGUAUAGGGAGAUGCUAGACACAGCUAGCAAUGGGAACUUCCUCAACCAGGAUGUAGAUGAUGGCUGGCAACUUGUGGAGAACAUAGCUAACUCAAAUGGAAGCUAUGGAGAAGAGUAUGAUCGCACCAACCGGAGCUCGACCCACCACUCGAUCGAGUCAGACGAAAAGUUGAGAAAAGAUGUUAAGGCAUUGAAUGAGAAGUUGGAUAAGCUGAUCCUAGCUCAGUCCACAAUGAAGAAAGUCAACUUUGUGUCUGCUGAGGAGAUGGAACCAGUCCAAGAAGGGGAGGAUACACAAUUUGCUGAGGUGUGCUACAUGAGCAAUGGGCAAGGAGGUUACAACAAAGGAUACUAUAACUACAAGUCCAACCCUGCCAUGUCAUACCGCAACACUGAUGUUGCUAACCCUCAGGACCAAGUAUAUCCUCAACAACAAGCAGCUCGAUCGAGUCAAGGCUUCCCCCACCAACCGCCCCAGCCUGCACCUUCACAAGAGAAUGAGCUCAAGGCAAUGCUAAAGCAACUACUUCAAGGGCAAGCUGAUGGGGUAGUGGACACAAGCAAGAAGCUAGCUGAAAUAAACUCUAAGAUCGAGAACCUCAACACAAGGGUUUACUCUCUGGAGAAUCAUGCUUCUUCUGUUGCUGCUGCUACAAAGCAAGGACAACUACCUGGUAAAGCUAUUCAGAACCCCAAGGAACAGUGCAAGGUCAUCUUCACUCAAGAAGGACUUGUUGAAGAAGAGGAUCAAGAAAGGGUCAUUGAAGAUUUUUGUUUACUGCUGAAUGAUGAAGAGAUUGUUGCUGCUGAGGCUCCUGGAGUCCAGAUUGAUCAACCAGAAGUGCAUGCACCUACUGUGGCCAUUCACACUUCACCAGUUGAGCUCGCACGACAAGCUCGAUCGGCAGCUCGAUCGAGUCCAACUCUAGCUCGAUCGAGUCCGACCUCUUCUGUCCGAAAGCCUGUUUUGCUUGAUCCUUAUCAACCGGUUGCCGCUUCCUCGUCUCGCCUACUUAGUCAAGGUCACAAGGAAGUGAUUCACAAGUUCAGAAGAGAUCUCAGUGGGAUUGGAAUUGAGUUGCCUCUAUGGAUAGCAUGA